AUGGGCGCCGACGAUGAAAAGGAUUCGAGACGCAGAGCACUUGGCUUUCCCUUUGCAAGGCCCUGCCGCUGGAAAGAAAGGCACGUCGAAUGGGAUGUUAUUGAUCGAUUUCAGCCGUCUACCGCCAUGGAGAGCGCCAUUUCCUCUCUUCUUCGCGCCGCGAACCUGCACACAGACGCCGCGGCUGCAGAAGCAGAAAAUACUCUCGCAGCUGCGACAAUCUCAGAAGAGGAUCUUGCCGCCCGUCGUGCCCAACUUCGAUUGACCAGAGAGCUCAUGUUCCGUGCGGAUAUCAAGGCCAAGCGUGUUGCUAAGAUCAAGAGCAAAGCGUAUAGACGGAUGAAGAAGCGGGAGAAGGAAAAGCAAAAGGAGGCUGCAGUCGAGUUAGGACUGGACGAAGGGGAAGAAGAUCGAGCCGAGAUUCUGAGGCGGAAGAUCGCGGGAGGGGAAGAAAGCAGCGAUGACGACGAUAGUCAUGGCGAAGAUAGGGAUAUCCAGGAGCUUGAAGAGCUCGGACAAGCCGAGUCACUUAUUCGUGCCAAGGGAAUCAUGGGUAUGAAGUUUAUGCGAGAUGCGAUCGCCAGAGCAGAUCGUGAAGUCGGGACGAUGGCCAAUGAGACGAGACUGGAAAUGCUUGGCUUGCAAAUAGAUUCCAAGAUUGAAAACUCGAUGGGUGAUGAAGUGGUUGGUGGUAAUCUAGGAAGGAGGAUAUAUAAACCAGGGCAGGUUCAGGUACGCUAUUAUUUCUGGCCACGAAGUUCGUUUAUGCUAAUAUCAUACAAAGCCCCCGGCAACAUACUCGGAUAUAUCGAGCACACUCAAGUCAUCCGAUUCACACGAAUCUCCGUCAGAUACCCGCAACUCUCUCCCCCCAUCCCUGCAGAGUCGCCUCCGCCUCUCAAUACGUUGUCCAUCUCUAACUCGGCUACCACUCUCGAGCCUGACAAUACUUCCAACCCAUGGCUGGCCACCACGACACCUAAUUCGGGGAAGAUCGCACGCAAAAACAACGUUAGGCAAGUAACCAAAAUGCAAAAAGUUCAAACGAAGAGCGAGGAGGAGCUUGUUUCUGAAGAAAAGACAAGACCUGAUACGCGAUCUGUCAAGGAGACAGCCAAGACGGUUGAUUUGGCCGAUACAGACGAAAAGGCUCCAGCAGCGUUCAAGCAGCGUGAACUCGUAGCCAUGGCCUUCGCUGGCGAUAACGUUGUUGAGGAUUUUGCAGCCGAGAAACAACGUGUGAUUGAAGAAGAUGCUCCGAAGGAAGUUGACACUACUUUGGCAGGAUGGGGCUCAUGGGGUGGCCGUGGUACCAAAAAACAAGCAGCUCGUCCCAAUCUUAUCAAGAAAAUUGCCGGAGUAGAUGCAUCCAAGCCGCUGAUGCAGGACUUGCCUUAUCCCUAUACGAGCAAGGAGCAGUUCGCGAGAAGUAUGGCUACGCCUAUUGGGACGGAGUGGAACACCCGAGUAGCACAUCAGAGGGCUGUUUUGCCGAGGGUGGUCAAAAAGAUGGGAACCGUCAUCGACCCACUGGAACGGAUGUUUUGA